UCCAAUUAAUAAAAAGUUCUGUACUCAUAUGACAUCAUGGAUCAGUGGAUGGUGGCUUUAGCUUUGUUUAUUUUACUUCUCGGUUUGUUCUACAAGUGGUCGGUCUCCAAAUACAAUGUAUUUCUGGAAAGGGGCGUGCCUUUUGAGAAACCCAAACCUUUAUUGGGAAAUAUUCCCAUCAAGGGCAUGAUGGGUCGCCUGGCUGUUCUGAAAGAAAUGAUCAACUUGCAUAUGCGCCACAAGGGAUGUCCAGUUUAUGGGAUUUAUGCCCUCCGAGAUGCCAUGUUCUUUAUUCGAGAUCCCGAACUUAUCAAGCUGAUUGGCAUUACAAAGUUCGAUCACUUUGUCAACCACAAUGCCAUGCACAACAACAUGCAGGAGUCGAUUCUGGGGAAGAGUCUGAUAUCAUUGAGGGACGGGAGCUGGCGGGAAAUGCGAAAUAUUCUGUCACCCGCCUUUACGGGCAGCAAGAUCCGGGUCAUGUACGACCUCAUCCACGACUGCAGCAAGGAGGGCGUGCUGUACAUCAAGGACCAGUUGAACCAGCAGGCAACCAUCGACCUGGAAAUGAAGGAUUACUUUAUGCGAUUAGCCAACGAUGUGAUUGCCACUGUCGCCUUCGGACUCAAUGUCAACUCGUUCAGGCGGAAAGAUAGCGAGUUCUUCCAAAUCGGACAAUCUCUGUCCAAUCGGACAGCCUGGGAGAUGGUCAAGGCCAUUCUCUACACCCUGAUGCCCAGGCUAAUGAAGCUACUUCGAGUUGAGGUAAUGGACAGCAAGAACAUUGAAUACUUUACCAGUUUGGUGAAAGUGGCCAUGAAGUAUCGGCAGGAGCACAAUGUUGUCCGUCCGGAUAUGAUUCAUCUCCUGAUGGAAGCCAAACAACAGAGGCACGACCAGCUGCAGGAUCUGAGCAAGGACUCGCGCGACUAUGUGGAAUUCACAGACGAGGAUUUGCUGGCCCAGUGUUUGCUCUUUUUUUUCGCCGGAUUUGAGAUUAUAUCCUCGUCGUUAACUUUCCUGACCUACGAACUUUGCCGGAAUCCAGCUGUGCAGCAAAGGCUUUACGAGGAAAUCCUGACAGAGCAUCAGGACUUGAUGGGUGAGCCUCUGACCUAUGACCGCCUGAUGAAGAUGGAGUACAUGGACAUGGUGGUAUUGGAGGGUCUGAGGAAGUGGCCACCGGCUAUUGCCACCGAUCGUCAAUGCAGCGAGGAUAUUGAUUUGUUCAGUAAAAGUGGAGAAAAAUUAUUCUCCGCCCGGAAAGGUGAUAACCUGCAAAUACCCACCUUUUCCAUCCAUCACGAUCCGGAGAACUUUCCGGAUCCAGAGUCUUUUGAUCCGGAAAGAUUCAACGAGGAACGUCGCUCGGAAAUAAAGCCCUGCACCUUUCUGCCCUUCGGCCUGGGUCCUCGAAACUGCAUUGGGAAUCGCAUGGCUCUCAUGGAGAUCAAGUCGAUAGUUUACCAAUUGCUGCUGAACUUUGAGAUUUUGGCAGCUGAAAAGACAUCCUCGGACCUGCUGGAGGACAUCAAGGGUCAUGGUCUCAAGCCCAAGGAUGGCUUCUGGCUGAAGCUGAAGCCGCGUUCAUAAACAAAGGCGAACCCUUCAAGCCUGCAACUUAGCUUAUUAAUCAAAUGCAUUUUUCCA